CAACCACCAACUUGCACCCACCCACAGCACUCCUACCACCUCAACAAGAACCCACUGGCACCUCUCUGAAUCCUGAUCCCAAAUGACAACGGCCGAUCAAACGUUCCUCGGACUGCCCUUCAAGUAUGUCUCGCUAAUCAGUCUGACACUCCAAAAUAGUCUGCUGGCCAUCCUGCUUCAUCACUCCCGGACGAUCCCGAACACGAAGCUAUAUUCAGCAUCGGCGGCAGUACUGUUGAACGAAAUCCUCAAAUGUUCGAUCUCCUUCCUCGUCGCACUCUACAAUUCUUGUAAUCAAUCAUCAUCAUCGUCAUCGUCAUCGUCAUCGAAUCAAGCAAGGCGGGAUAAUUACCAUCCGAUCCAUACCGGUGCUCAAACGAGGUCACCCUCAACAACAAACUAUUCCAGGUUUGAUCAUCAUGAGGCAGGCGAUUCUCCAUUCUCAAGGAAACCGCCGGUGUCGAUGUUCGAACAAGACUUUCAUGAUUGGAGACGAUCCUCGAGAUCUUGGUCUAGGAUGAUCAUCGACCACUCCAAACAGAUCCUCUUGGAAAUUAUCAGCGCAGACUGUUGGAAACUCUCGAUCCCUGCAGUCCUAUACGUGAUCCAGAACAACCUGCAGUUUGUGGCAGCUGCCAACCUUGAUGUGGCCACGUUUUCGGUGACCUACCAAUUGAAAAUCCUUACUACAGCUUUAUGCUCAGUUGUGAUGUUAGGACGACAGUUAUCGGUGACCAAGUGGACCGCUCUAUUCUUCUUGGCUGUCGGUGUUGCCCUCGUCCAACUUCAAAACAUCUCAACCCAGCCAGGGGGAUCAUCGAGCAAGAAGUCCCCUACAGAUACGGCCGAUCGAUUUAUCGGCUUUAUUGCUGUUACCUCUGCCUGUUUUACAUCCGGACUGGCAGGCGUGUAUUUCGAAUUGGUACUCAAGUCAUCCAACAAGGUCGAUCUAUGGAUCAGGAACAUUCAGCUCUCACUCUUCUCGCUCCUACCGGCGCUCUUUACGACCCUGUUUACCUCCUCAAGCCAAGAGGGUCACAUGUUCUCGAACUUUGGAUUUUGGGCAUGGGCGACGGUCUUGACGCAGGUGAUCGGCGGCUUGGUGACUGCUCUGGUGAUCAAAUUUGCCGAUAAUAUCCUCAAGGGUUUCGCCACCUCGCUCUCGAUCAUCCUCUCCACCCUGGCCGGGGUGUUCAUCUUUGGGACGCCACUCCCGCUCGGCUCCGCCCUCGGCUCCUUGGUCGUCCUGUUCUCUACUUAUGCCUACAACUCUUCCUCGGAUACUAAGCCUCCCUCCUCGUACCCUCAAGGCAGAGGUCCAACUGGCUUUAUUUCACCCCUUCGUAGAGAGAAACAACGCACACUUUAAACUGAUCAGUUAACUACAUAGCACUUUCUCUUUCUUUUUUCUUUGUUUCGUUUUUGUUGUUAUAUUCCUUUUUUUCAUAUCAUCAUAGAGAAAGAAAGAAAACACGUAGAUAUAUCGCCUUACCUCAAGACUUGUUCAGUUUCAAGAUUAGAUUGGUGUUUUUUUUUUCGUUCCACAAUGAUAUAUAUACAAUACACACAUAGACAUCGAUGUGGAUUUUUUU